AUGGCAAACGUGAUGAUGGUGGCACCAAAGCCCAAAAGCUUUCUGGGUUAUCAUCGGCAGCUCGCCCCGAAUGCUGCCGUCAAAGUCAGCCCGCUCUGCCUUGGAACUAUGGGCUUCGGUACAGAGUUCAAAGACAUGAUGGGGGCAUGUGACAAGGAAGCCUCCUUAAGCUCCUCGAUUUCUUCUACGAUAAUGGAGGAAACUUCAUUGACACGUAUGAUUGGAGCCCCGACACCGCACUCAUUUGCUACGUCACUGACAAUUUGGGCUUCCAGCGCAAAUGUUUACCAGAAUGGAGAAUCGGAGAAGAUUGUUGGGGACUGGAUGAGAGAACGUGGCAACCGUGAUGAAAUCGUGCUUGCUACGAAGUACACUUCCUCCUACCAGCUGCUCAACCCAAAGGUCGGCAUUCAGUCCAACUUUGGAGGCAACAACAAGAAGAGCAUGCGUUCGGCCUUUGAAUCAAGCUUGGCUAAGCUCCAGACUUCCUACAUUGACUAUUUUUAUGUCCAUACGUGGGACUUCACUACUAGUAUCCCCGAGCUUAUGCAUGCUCUUCACGAUCUCGUUUCAUCCGGCAAGGUGCUCUAUCUUGGCAUCUCAAAUACGCCCGCAUGGGUAGUGUCGAUGGCCAAUGAGUAUGCGCGACAGAAGGGACUCACCCCGUUCUCUGUCUAUCAGGGGCAGUGGUCCCUAGCCGAACGAGACAUUGAACGUGAGAUUCUUCCCAUGUGCAAUAACCAGGGCAUGGCGCUUAUCCCGUAUGGCGUCUUGGGGUCCGGAUCGUUCCGGACUACUGCUCAACGACAGGCAGAGCGAGAGAAUCCCGAAGCAAAGAGAGAAGGCCGCAACAUUGCAAUGACCGACAAGCAAGAGAAAGCCAUCGUUGCAGAUGCUCUGGAGAAAGUUGCCUCGGAGAGAGGCACCAACAUCACCAGCGUUGCUCUGGCGUGGGCUAGAACCAAGGGCCCUUACAUUUUUCCUGUAGUGGGUGGACGCAAGUUUGAGCACUUGAAGGGUAGCAUCGAGGCCUUGGGGCUUGAACUCACGAAGGAGGAGAUUGCCGAUAUUGAAAAGGCGGUCCCGUUUGACUUUGGGUAUCCGCAGACGAUCCUCGGCGGUCCUGGAGGGGCGACAAAGCCAGGCGAUGUCUGGAUGACUCGUAGGUUCGGCACGUUUGACUGGGUAGCUCCUCCCGAGCCACCGAAGCAGCACGUCAAUUGA